AUGCAUGGUUUUACAGCUGCGCACCACCAGCCUUUCUUGCACCUCCCAUCCCAGGCUCAUUGUGCCCCUUUCCCGUCUUUCCCUCCUCCCCCACCCCCCCAGGCAGAUGCCAUGCAUGGUUCUACAAAGUACUACCAACAACUACUGGCAGAUGCCAUGCAUGGUUUCACGGCUGUGCACUCCCAAGCUCCCUUCCACCUGGUGGCCAUGUUUGGCCCUGAGCACGGGUUCAGAGGCACAGCGCAGGCAGGCAAGUCAGAAUCCGCCUCUAAAGACCCCAGGACCGGUCUCCCCAUAUUCGAUCUCUACGGCAAGACCCGGGGAGCAGGCAAGUCAGAAUCCGCCUCUAAAGACCCCAAGACCGGUCUCCCCAUAUUCGAUCUGUACGGCAAGGUGAGGAGCAGGGGAGGCAGGGGGGAGGCAAGGAGAAGGGAGAUGGAGGGUGGGGCCUCGGAGGUGAGGCGCAGGGGAGGCAGAGCAGAGGGUAUUGGCAGGUGGGGCUUAAGGGUGGGGGGCAGGUGGGGAGCAGAAGGCGGAGCAGAGGGAAAGCAAGAUGAGACACAGAAGGUGAGGGAGAGGAGAGGGGCAGGUGGAGAGCAGGUGAGGGAGAGGAGAGGGGCAGGUGGAGAGCAGGUGAGGGAGAGGAGAGGGGCAGGUGGAGAGCAGGUGAGGGAGAGGAGAGGGGCAGGUGGAGAGCAGGUGAGGGAGAGGAGAGGGGCAGGUGGAGAGCAGGUGAGGGAGAGGAGAGGGGCAGGUGGAGAGCAGGUGAGGGAGAGGAGAGGGGCAGGUGGAGAGCAGGUGAGACGCACAAGGUGGGGAACAGGUGAGGGGCAGAGGGGAGGGGCAGAGCAGAUCGAUUGCAGGCCAGCCAGAGAUCCCCCAUCCAUAGCCAAGUGUUUUGAAGCCUCUGGCGCUGAUACCAUUGUGUUUGACAUUCAAGAUGUUGGGGUGAGUGCAGUGCGGUCCAGAGGGGGCUGUUGUGAGCACACGAAGCUCGCUUCUACACGUUCAUCUGGGAGCUCUAUGGCUGCCUCGUCGCAGCUGCUCUCUCUCCUUCUAUCCGCCGUUUCCUCGUGCUUGACACCCCACCCCCCGUCCAUGUGGCCCCCCCUCCCCCAGGCUCGCUUCUACACGUUCAUCUGGGAGCUCUAUGGCUGCCUCGUCGCAGCUGCUCUCUCUCCUUCUAUCCGCCGUUUCCUCGUGCUUGACACCCCACCCCCCGUCCAUGUGGCCCCCCCUCCCCCAGGCUCGCUUCUACACGCUCGUUUCUACACAUUCAUCUGGACGCUCUACGACUGCCUCGUGGCAGCUGCCCUCUGCCCGUCCAUUCGCCGCUUCCUCGUACUCGAUAGACCGAACCCGCUCGGAGGGAUGGUGGUGGAUGGGCCAAUAACAGAGCCUCAACACGCUUCAUUUGUUGGCAGGAAGGCCAUCCCUCUACGCCACGGCAUGACAGUGGGAGAGCUCUCGCUGCUUUUCUUCUCAGACCAGCAGCAAAACAUCUCUCGAGAAGCACCACCAUUGUCAUCUAUAAGCCCACCCGCUACAGUCUCUGCUUUACUCUCUUCUGCUACAGCUGCAGAAGCUACAGCACCAAGUGCAACAGUGCCCACGGCGCUACAGCUGCUGCUGUGGGUCCCACCGUCGCCCAACAUGCCCACACCCACCACUGCUCUCGUCUAUGCUGGGACAUGCCUCAUAGAGCAUGCCCGCACCACACCCACCACUGCGCUCGUCUACACUGGCACGUGCCUGAUUGAGGUAUGGUCAUGCGUUGGAGUGUGCUUUGAGACGUCUCAAAACUAG